ACCGAAAACGGGGAGUCGAAGAGCGACGAAGACGACUUCUCAAGCAAGGCACAGAUCAUGACCCUGAUGACGACGGAUGUGGACCGCGUCAGCGAGUUCGCACGGCAGUUGUUCACGCUGUUUGAUUCUCCCAUUGAGCUCAUCAUAGGCACGAUAUUCUUGUACAGCUUGCUUGGAUGCACACCUGUCGUCAUGAAGUACGUGUCUGCUAAUGGUCUGCCUUUAGGUGUCU